AAACACUACACACUCUUUUUACCUUGUCAUAAAAAUUCAUCAAACAAUCUGCAUCUUGCUUUUAAUAUACAUUGCUCCUGUUCCACCUAGUCCUAGUUACAAAUUAUUCAUAUCCACACAAUUCUCUUUGCACUUUGCAUUUCUUUAUUCUUUUCUCUCUCCACCGUAGACCCACCUUUUUCCGUCGGAAAACCGGCCGGAAACUCCCCUCCUCACCUUUCUCAAUGAAACCCUACUAAUAUUAAUUUUUAAUAGGGUUUUAUUUUUGUUUUUGAUUUUUUUUUUCUCUUUGUUUUAUAUAAAAUGGAAGAUUAUAGUAAUCAUUUAGAAGAAAAUAACAGCAAGAAUAGUAGUGGUCAUAAUAAUAAUAGAAGUAGUAGUUUUUUGUACGGAAGCAAUAGCUCUCAUCCGGGGAUGAGCCGAGGGUUUCAUAAUCUGCCACUGGCAUCAAACGACGUCGGUGAGUCGAAUAGGUUUCAUAAUCCGGUUGUUAAAAUGGAAGCUGGGAGUAAUAAUUCUGCGAGGCACAAGUUUCGUUACAACAACUAUUAUCAGGAUAAUAUUGAUCAUCAAAGCUCGAAUGAAGCUGUGGCGGCUGAGGCUAUUAAAGCCAAGAUCAUAGCUCAUCCUCAGUACUCUAGCCUUCUCCAAGCUUACAUGGAUUGCCAAAAGGUCGGAGCACCCGCAGAAGUGGUAGCUCGGCUCGGUGCGAUUCGGCAUGAGUUCGAGGUGGGGCAGCAGCAAGCUUCAGCGAGUUGUGGAGAAACUUGCAAGGAUCCAGAACUUGAUCAAUUUAUGGAGGCUUAUUACCACAUGCUUGUCAAGUACCGCGAGGAGAUAAGCAGGCCAUUACAAGAAGCUACGGACUUCAUGCAAAGGAUAGAGACUCAGCUCAAUAUGCUCACCACCGCUCCCCGCCAGAUCCUCAACUCCGAUGAGAAAUGUGAGGGAAUCGGUUCAUCUGAAGAGGAUCAAGACAAUAGUGGUGGUGAGACAGAUCUUCCUGAAAUUGAUCCACGUGCUGAAGAUAGGGAGCUGAAGAAUCACCUAUUGAGGAAAUAUAGUGGUUACCUUAGUAGUCUCAAGCAAGAACUGUCCAAGAAAAAAAAGAAAGGAAAGCUGCCAAAAGAUGCUCGCCAGAAGUUACUUAGUUGGUGGGACUUGCACUACAAAUGGCCAUAUCCUUCUGAAACGGAGAAAGUGGCAUUAGCAGAAUCGACGGGCUUGGACCAGAAGCAGAUCAAUAAUUGGUUCAUCAACCAGAGAAAACGACACUGGAAACCUUCGGAAGAUAUGCAAUUUAUGGUGAUGGAUGGAAUUCAUUCACAAAAUGCAGCUCUAUACAUGGAAGGGCACUAUGUUGGUGAAGGUCCUUAUCGAUUGGGACCAUGAACAAUUAAGAAGCCGGCUCCAGUCCUCUGGACAACAAUGAUUUUUAGUUGUGCCAUGUACCUAUUUAUACAUAUUGUGUUUAUAGAUACCGUACCAUCGUGAGACUGCUAUAUAUUUAUUUGGUUACAUGAGAAGCGUCUAUUUCAAAAUGAAACUUAGUUUGUGCCAUUGUCUUUUGAAGAACUUGCAGUGGAUUUAGGCCUGUGUAUAUUACCUGUACUGCUGGCUGCUUUGGAAGGAACUACUGGUCUCCAGCACUGUGUAUUUGUUCAAGGCUUCAAGCCAAUUGUAAGUUUUAACGAUAAGCUAAGUAAAUUAUAAAACCGAGUGUUUAUCUA